AUGCCGCGCCUGAUUUCGCAUGGAAUCCUGGUCCUAUCGCUGUCUCACACGUCAUACUCGUCGCCCUCGCUCUGUUGGAGCCGGCCGGACUGCGUCGACCGCCUCGAAAGCCACCCGAAGGAUGCCAGGGCUUGGGGCGAGCUGGGCUUCUACGGAGGGGGGGUCGUCGGCUCCCGGCAUUUCUCUCCCAAGGACUGCGAACUUCGAGCCCUGGAGCUGGACCCCAGCAUCGCCGCCUUCUGGUACAACUUGGGGGUCAUCGGAGGCGGCCGAACAGAGGGGAGGUGGUAUUCCGAAAAGGCCUGCUUUCAGAGGGCCCUGGGCCUAGAUCCGAAGGACGCCAACGCCUGGGACGAGCUAGGAGCUGUGGGAGGUGGCCGAGUGAAGGGGAGGGAACACAGCCCAAGAAACUGCUUCGAAAAGGCCCUGAUGCUGGAUCCGCAUCAUGCGGGGGCCUGGUACAACUUGGGUCUUCGGGGUGGUGGCCUGGUAGCAGGACUGGGAUACAGCACCCCGGAGCAAUGCUACGCCAAAGCCGGCAAGGGUCGUGAUAGGAAGCUGGAGAUGGAUCUUGCUAGCCUACCCGACUCUGUGAAGAAAGAAGACUUCCGGAAUGUGGCCUUAGAGCUCCUGGUAGGGAACUUGAACCUCGACUUCCGGGAGCAGAUGACGGAGCUCUUCCAUCUUUGCCACCCGGCCUCUGCCGAAUGUCUGGAGAACGGCAAGGCACAGUCUGUUUAUUGGCAUGGAGAGUUGGCCAGGAAGCUGUCUGAAGCACCUUCCAUGGUGUCGGCCAUCGUUCUUCAGGGUGUGAUAUUGGAGCUCCAGAAGCCCCAGAAUAGCAACACAUCCUUCAGCAGCGGCUUGCUGAGACAGGCCGUCUGCAUGGCCCAGGCGCGCUGGGCAAGGAGUGAACGGCGCCUUGCUACCGACAAGGCUCCACAUGCCUUUGACGACCCUUGUGAUGAGACCGCGCCGACACGCCUCUGGAGCAUGGAGCCUGCGGUGAACCGUGGGGAAGGACACAGGAUGGGGUGUGCUCUCGCCGCCGGCACCAUGCUGGCAGCAUCCGUCUCUCUGAUCUUCAUUCUUCGCACGAGACCGAAGUUGGAGAGCUACCAGCGCCUGCCGCAGACAGACUGGGAAUUCCUAGAUACAGAAGGUGGGGCGCGAGCAGGUGCAGUGCAGGAGGUCUUGGAAUUACAGGAUCAUCAUCUACUGACUCCGCUGCAGCGAUUUCAAACAUGCCAGUGCUUCCCUGGACUGUGA